AUUGGGGGAAACAAGAUGAAGGCGAAUCUAUAUUCAUGCUCAUCUCUAGAGAAAUUUAGAACCAAAAGUUAUAAAAAAGUCAAGCUUUCUAAAUAUUCUACGAACCACAAACGCAUUUUAUACAAGAGAGCUCUCUGAAGGAGGAAGAAUGACUUGGUAGAGACCCGUCGAUCUAAGUACAAAAUGUCGAAUAUUUUAAAAAGGGAUACCUCCCAGCCUCAUAAUCUUGAUUGGAACCAACCCCAAGGUGAUAAGUGAAGAGACAAUGAAUCAAGGAGCAAGCCCUAUAUUGACCAGGACUGCCUGAAAGCAUCUAUCUGGAACAAGCCGGAUGAAGACCCACGGUUUAUUUUAAGAAUAGGCACUUCUAAAAUUAGGUCUCACUCAGAAGAAAUCAAAAUUAAAAGUCAUGAAGAUAAAGAAAUUGAAAAGGAGCAAUUUAAACUCUAUCUCCAUGAAGUUGAGAGGCGGUUCCGGAAAAGCAAGAUCAAAGGGUAUGAUUUCCUAAAGUCGCAGAAAUUAAUUAAAAUUUCAAAGGUCAAAGUAAAGCUUCCCUCCGUGAACAAAGAGAGGUCUAGGAAGAGAGUCACACAGUCGAGAAAUCAUAUUGCAGAGACUUAUAUUAAGUUAAAAGAUUCCUUGGGAAGAGGAAAGACUCAUAGGAAUAAAAAUCUGAGUGAAAUAAUGGGAUCCUCACAAAAUAGCAGCAGGAACGGCUAUGUCAAUUACUCUAUUAACAGUUUUGAAUCAAAUAUGAAGAAGAAUUUGAAGAAAAGCCGAUUAAAGAAGAAAGUGCUCAACUCACCAAAUAUUUACUUAAAACACUCUAUCUCUUCAGGAAGUUUUAGUAAGAAGCGGGCUUAUGAAAAGCCAAUCUUGAAGCACAUCAUGAAUGCACAUCAAAAUCAAAAUAAGUUUAUGGUAGAGAGGAAGCAAAUUAAUCUGCAUACCAAAGUUAAUAAGAAAGUUAAGAAAUCAGAUUCCUUCACCAGAACUAAAGUAAAGCCAACUCUGAAGUCCAAGGCUGGAUUUUUAAGGAAUACUCUUACUUCAGUCAAUUCCAGGAAUAACUUAAGCAGCCAUAACUUAUGAAAGAAUAAAACUGGGACUCAGAAUAGUUUUACUAGCAAAUAGCACCUUAUCUAGGAAUGGCCUUUUGACAAACCGAAGUAUGAACCAAUCUGGAAAUAUAACCACAAAGAAGCGCAUAAAGCUGACCAAGGACAAAUCCGCUCAUUUUCUCUACAAAGUAGUCUCACAUAACCUUGAAUCCCGCAACAAAGCACUCCCAAAACCUCUAACCUCCCGUAAAAAUCCCUACAAGCACACCAAAACCCUCAGCAGAGGCAUCCCCUCUCUCUACUCCUCCAAGCCCAAACCUUCCAGCUCCAAUCCCUCCUCCUUCCUCAUCUCAAAGUUCCUCGGCUCUACACUCCCUUCCAUGCCUACGCACAAAUUCUCUACUGUCUGUAAAUCCAAAGCUAAAAUAUCCUAAAAUUUUACCUUUGUUCUGCC